AUGCUUCGCCCACGCUGGUGGCCGCUAUGUCUGGCCGCCCUGGCCGCCGCCAGCCUCAAGGACCUCGCCAGCUGCGACCCUCUCCGGAAAGAUAUGCACUGCCCUCCCGACGCCGCGUUUGCCGGCAAGGCCUCGUUCGACUUCACCGCCUCGGACUGGGACAAGGUCCUCGACUUCUGGGGCGUGGAUGAGGCGACCGCCAGCGACCGGAAGAGGCUCGACUUCGACACGGCCGGCGACGGGCUCGCCAUGGGCAUGUGGAAGCCCGGCGACGCCCCGACCCUCGUCAGCAGCAAGUACCUCCUCUUCGGCAAGGUCAGCGUCACCCUGCGAGCCGCCGAGGGCCGCGGCCUCGUCACGGCCAUGGUGCUGAAGUCGGAUUCGGGCGACGAAAUCGACUGGACAAACUACUUCUACGACGGGCAGGCCCUGUUCAACACGUACAACGACACGUACGACCUCGCCACGUCCAGCUUCGGCGCCUUCCACAAGUUCUCGCUCGAGUGGACCGACCAGUUCCUCAGCUUCUCCGUCAACGACACCAUCCGCAAGGUGUGGUACGUCGGCGAGAUCCCGGCGGCCAAGUGGCCCCAGACGCCCAUGCAGGUCAAGCUGGGCGUGUGGUCCGUCGGCAACGACAGCGACGCCGGAGAAAUCGAAUGGGCCGGCGGGCUGCCCGACUGGGCGUCGGCGCCGCACAGGGCCUACUUCCGGAGCGUCGAGAUGGAGGACUACACGGGCUUCUGCAACCGGACGGACGGGCCCGUCGAGUACCAGUACGACGAGAGGACCGUGGGAUGGCAGAAGAUCAGGAUAGCAGGCUGCGAGAGCCGCCCGGGGCCCGAGCUGCCCUCGCCCAGUCCCGUCCGCACGGCCGACGCCACGGCCACCGAGACCAGCCAGUCCGACGAGACGACGAGCACGGCGGGCGACGACGACAAUGGCGGCACGGGCCUGUCGACGGGCCUGUCCUCGACUCUGGCUGCUGUCGUGUGCCUGGCGUGGUUUCUGCUUGUUUGA